GCCCAGCAGAGAGGAGAGCAAGCCGCGCCGCGCCUGUGGACUCGCAACCUAACGUCAUUGCGUUGCUACCUCCAGUUCUCUCUCGCGAACCACACUGCCCCCAGCAUUCCCAGCACUCCCAGCAUUCCCGCACUGCAAUUAGCAUCAUCACCAUUCUGUUGUCGAGCACACCCACUACCAUCGACACCGUCUUCUAGAGUUUACAGAGCAAUCGUCAUAAUGGAUACGACCAUGGAGGAUGUCGGGCGCGCUCCCACCGACCUGCCACCCGUCCAGGUUCAGGAAACCACCAUCCCUACUCUGGAUGGUUGGAUCGAGAGCCUGAUGGCCUGCAAGCAGCUGACCGAGUCGGAUGUGCACAGAUUGUGCGAGAAGGCACGUGAGGUUCUCCAGGGAGAAUCCAACGUACAACCUGUCAAAUGCCCCGUCACGGUGUGCGGUGACAUCCACGGCCAGUUUCACGAUCUUAUGGAGUUGUUCAAGAUUGGCGGUCCCAACCCCGACACCAAUUAUCUCUUCAUGGGAGACUAUGUCGACAGAGGUUACUACUCGGUCGAGACGGUCACCCUCCUCGUCGCGCUCAAGAUUAGAUACCCCAAACGAAUUACCAUCCUCCGAGGCAACCACGAGUCGCGCCAGAUCACCCAGGUCUACGGCUUCUACGACGAGUGCCUUCGCAAGUACGGUAAUGCUAAUGUCUGGAAGUACUUUACCGAUCUCUUCGAUUAUCUCCCCCUCACCGCUCUCAUCGAUAACCAGAUCUUCUGUCUGCACGGCGGUCUUUCGCCUAGUAUCGAUACCCUCGAUAACAUCAAAGCUCUCGAUCGGAUUCAAGAAGUGCCUCAUGAGGGCCCCAUGUGCGAUCUCCUUUGGUCGGACCCUGAUGACCGCUGCGGCUGGGGUAUUUCCCCCCGUGGCGCCGGGUAUACGUUCGGCCAGGAUAUCUCGGAGGCUUUCAACCACAACAACGGCUUGACGCUGAUUGCCCGCGCGCAUCAGCUUGUGAUGGAAGGUUACAACUGGUCACAAGACCGAAAUGUUGUCACAAUCUUCUCUGCGCCCAAUUACUGCUACAGAUGUGGUAACCAAGCUGCGAUAAUGGAGAUUGACGAACACUUGAAAUACACAUUCUUGCAAUUUGAUCCCUGCCCUCGGGCCGGUGAGCCUAUGGUCUCUCGCCGGACUCCGGAUUACUUCCUUUGA